GCUAGGCCCCUUUCUCUGCUUCUGGAUGCCCGUGUCCUUCACACCCCUCAUCCUCUCCCCAGCCUCAACUCGGGGCACUCCCUCUUCCUCGUGCGCCGAGCGUCUGUUCGCGCCGCGCCCGCUGCACCUGCCGGGCUGCUCGGCACCGCCUCUGCCUUGUGAGUGCAGAGCUGUCGGGCGGAAGCAGCCGCGGGUGGCGCCCUCCGAGCGCCGCACCUGGGGCGGCGGCCCUGCCCGGUGGUCUCCUUUCGUGCGGUCAGGUGUUCAGGUAGCGUCGUGGGGGCCGGGACCCUAGGGUUUCAGCCUCACCUGCGCUACUGACCACUUGAAUGACCUGGUCUACCGCUUGGGGCUUUAGUUCUUUCUUUCUGGAAGCCCAGAGGUUUUGUCUAGUUUUGGACCUUUCAGUACGAAAAAAAUCCCAUGUCCUUGCUUAAUGUACCUCCUGAUUAUGGGCUCUCAGCUGGUGUUUUGUUUUCUUUUUUCUUUAAAACCUUACUUGUAUUAUUUAACUCCAGCCACCCGGUGCCUUGGUGUUCAGUGACUGUCUAAUGGCAUUAGGUAUGUCAAUAUCCUAGGUGGACAUAAAGACAGCACUUUAUGGAGAAAUUCUGCCUAAGUUCCAGAGUUUCUCCAAAUUUAUGGAGCAACUUUGUUCAUGCUUUUUAUUAGAGAGGAAGGUUUAUUGCUCCUCCGACGUCUUUGGGAAAUAAAGGUAGUGCAAAAUAAUUACAGGGCAAAAAUGUGGAAUAUAUUUAAUAUUUUUUUUAAAAAUCUGGAAAUCGAUCACUUUUAUGGCCAUAACAAAGUCUCCUCACUUAAGCAUGCUUUCUAUUGAUGAAUAUAAUAAAAAGAAUGGGAAAUUGAUUGCCCUAAGACUGCUUUUAUUUCCUACGUGUAAAAAAGUGCUGUGAAUUUUCUCUUUCUAAAUUUAUUCAGCUUGCCUUCCAGUGGCCAUGCUUGCUUAGGAAAAAUGUUUAGGAUCAUGCAAAUUUCCAAAACAUAAACCCAAAGGGCAACUUACACUGUGAAAAGAUUAACUACAGAGGAUUUUUUUGUUUGUAUGUGUUUUUUUUUUUUUAAAUAAAUGACAGCCUCCUUAACCACUUUUACUGCUUUGAGAUAGGAUUUUAUUUACACAACUUUUUGAAAACACAUUGAUGUAUAAAGAAAGUCCACCCCUGUCCAUCAUGAGUCCUUUUAUGAUCUUAUGUAGUAGUAUUAAAUUAUAUUAUGAAAGCAUUUGUGAAAGUCCACCAUGGACAGGUUCAUACAGUCUUGGAAAUGUGAAGAAACAUAGAAUAUAUGUCUAUAACCUCAUAAAUAUCAUUGUCUGUGGAUUACAUAAAAUUAUUUAGUAUUUCUAGAGUGGAUAGUCUGAGUUCUCUUCCUUCAAAAAUUCUCUGAGAGAGGAAGGGAACGGAUUGUGUUGUACUAGCAUUAGUAAGUGGCUGCUACAUCUACCCCAGCUUACUGAGCUAUGGUUAUUUUAAAGCAAACAGAAAUUAUGUCAAGAAAGGCAAUUUAAUAUUCCUGUUAAACUGAGGACAGAGGAAUGUCAUAGUGGAACAUAGCUCGAAUAAGUACUUGUAUGGUGUGUAUAUUUAGGAUUAUUGCAUGACAUAUGUCAAAAGAGUUUGAAUGUAUGACAGCUCUGUAACCUGUCCAGUAGUGCCAGUUGAAAUAGCCUUGAUAGUCUUUCUUCGUCAGUUUCCCUUUUAUAACAUCAUUAAGAUCCUUGGAGAGAUUUGGCUUUUGGGGGUUGGGUGGAAAGUAAAUAUGCAUGCUUUUUCUCCCCCGUAUAAAUUAAAACAUUUUUUAACAAGUGAGAUUAAAUAGGUAUUUUCUGUUUCAGGUAUGUUGAAAUGAAUUCUUAGGUUAGAUUUGGAAAAAUGGCUUAUUUCUUACAUGUACUUAUGGUAUACAUUUAUGCUGAAAAAAAUAUAUUUGAGUUAUAGCAGUUUUUUUGUUUACUCGUUUAUAUUCACUAAUAUUGUUAAACCUUAUUUAGCGUUACCCAAGCCAAAUCUAAAAGUGAAAAGUUUCCUGAAGUAGCUAUAGUUUCCACUAUUACUUUGGAGCUUUCAUCAAGCCAAAUGGCAAACGUUGACUGAGACAGCUUUUGGGGUAGAGUGCAUAUGCUUUUCAUAGAUGAUUUCAUUUAAUCCUCACAACCCCAUGAGCCAGAUGUUGUUAUCCCCAUUUUAUGAAUGAGGAAAAUGAGGCUUAGCAAAAUUUUAGAAUUACUUUGCCCAAGGUUACAUUAGUUAGUAGUAGAACUAGGAUCUAAUUUGAGCCUGUACUCUUAACCACUAAGUUUUGAUCUAGUUGUAGUUGAAUGAAUGAAAAUCACUUGUGUUAGAAAAGACACAUCCAUAUUUGGAUUUACUAAUUGGAAAUUAAACUUGCUCUCUGUGAAUGUUUUAUUAACUGUGGUUUCCAUGGAUUAUGUUUAUCCAAUAAAAGUAAAAAGCUUUAAUAGCACAAGAGCAGAUCCACUCUAGAACAUCUAUGUUUCUCAUCCUUUUUUCAUUUAUCAAGUUUACACUACAUGUGUAAAAUGUCCGUAAUGUAUUCCACUUAAGGAGAAUUCCUAAAGCAAAAAUUGUGGAGAUGGGGUUAUGUGUUAGUGGAUGGGUGACCCUUUGAAAGGUGUGUACAGAUUAAGGAGUAAAGAAAAAAGGAAAGAAAACGAUUUUAUAGUUUGAUUUUAUAGUGUGUACAGCUAGCUUUUAUGUAAAUUAUUAGUCCAAUAGAUCUAGGCAAGCGCAGAUCCAGGUAGUGGCCACUUAAUAGUGGCUAUUGUUGAUCUUGAAAGUGGGUCAGAAUCAUCUCAAAGGUAACAUCGGUUCUUUUUCGUAAAAUUUAGAAGAAAAAGUGAAUUGAAGGCUCCUGUGCCAGUUAUAGAAAGCUAAGUCUGGCCCCCCACCCCACAUAAAAUUCUCAGAAAGUACACAUAUUCUUUUUAGACGUAGAAUGCUGCAAUUCAGAGGUAAAGGUUAAUUGAAACAAGAGUGUUGUUUUAUGGAAUAUUAAGCAGUGAUUCUUACCACCCAAGUCUUCCUUUCACACUGAGAAUUAGUAUGGUCAUGAGCCACUUUUAUUUGUGGGAGACAGGGGUCUAACUUCAGACCUGCUGGCUGGAGAAUUAAUACCUUUAUUUAGGGAGCAUCUAAGCUAAACAUAGUUGUUAAUUCACCUCUUUGAAAGUAACUGUUGCGUAGAUGGCAGCUUUAGUAUUAAACCCUUAAUUUGCUGAUGAUCAGUAAUCAGUUCUUGUGUAGAAAAGGAAAAUGAUGACAGGAUUCAGUCCCUGCCAACUUUUCAUGAAGAACAUUUUCAGGAAAUUUGAUUUGCAAUAAGUCAGGAGGCCCUUCUUGAAAUUUCAGCAUGGAGUCAGGGGAGGGAUGGAGAGAGCUGAAUUUCACCUUUAUUGUCAGGCUCAGUCUAAUAAUCUAGAUCUCUGUCACCUUUGUGGUAUUGAUUUGCUGCAUUGUAUGGAGGGUGCUUUGAUGCCUGGAUUCUGCUUAAACUUUGCAUACCUUUGGCUUAGGAUGCUUUUGAAAUGGGUAACAUUUCUGGGAAAAGUAAUAUUAAGCUGUUGUUUUAAUAGCACUUAAUAUAUUUAAUGGGACUUUUAAAAACAGCUAUUUGAAAAGAGAUUUUGAAGUGGCUGGGGUUGGAGAGGAUGGCCGUGGGAAGAAAAAGUGCAGAGUACUGGGUACUGCCAAGAAGUUUUAUGUCGACAAGGGACACCUAAUGUUAAGAGGUAUGUGCUGUGAGGGAAGAAAACUUUGCAGAAAGGAGAGGUAAAGAGGGUACUAUAUACAAAAUUCUACAGGCAUUUCACAAAUUGUCAUUAGUAUUUAAGCAUUUAAGUAUUUUGUACAGGAGAGUUUUUCAAAUCACCAGUGGUGCCAUAGUGUAUGGUUCAUCUUUAUUUUAACAAAAAAGACUCUUAAAUCACCAGAAUCUUGGUGGAUAGUUUUAUUAUAAGAGGCUAAUCAUUGAGCAGCUAGCUGCUUCAUAGUAGUAUAAUACUGGCAUUUCUUUGUAGUGAUUACAGAAGUGUGCUUCUUUAUUUCAUUUUUAACUUGCUGUUCUUUUCUAUAAUUCAUCAUCUGACUAUAUAUCAGGUUAAUUUUGUUAGGACACUGGAGAAAGGUGCUUUAUCAAGAAAUAACUGACUACAUCCCUAUCCUUUAGUGCCUUCUUCUGUAGUGGAGAUGCUCUCUUGUGCUCUUGUGAGAAGCAGUAAGGGAAAUAAAGUAUGUUUGUGCCUAAUAGAUCUGUCUGAAGGGCAGAAACAAAUGCUCAAUUUAACUUAAAUGGCCUACUUAUGAUUUGGAAGAUGGGAUAUUCUUAGUAUGCAGUCAGUCUUUUAUCUGGGCAGUUAAAAAAAUGUAACCCAAGCCAAACCCCUUUACCUAGUAUAUUAUAAACUUUGGGGAAGGGUGUUAAAAGAUUAAAUUUUAUUGUAUGGGUAUUGUUGCAACCUAAGAAUAAUUCCUCUUCUUCCAUGCUUCCAGUGUUAGAAAUAUCUUCCUUAUAACUGACCACCAAAUUUAAUGAUACUAAGAAGUUUAAGAUCUAGGAUUAGUAGUUUAAUAUGUAAUGAGUUCAAAAGCUAUCACUAAGGGGUAAGUAGUGACUUUUACGAGCCUAAACAAAUUAUCAGGACUAAAAGAAUUCCAAUACCAUAUCAGUAUAGUUAUGAGAUUCAGUGGAAUUUCUUUGCAUGCCAAAACUUUGUGACCUAUAAAGUGGUGAUCAGCACUGUUAUUAAUAGCUUCUGUUAAUUAAAAAAAACCCAAAAAACUCCUAUGUUUAUUUUCUGGUCAUAUUUGUUGCUCCAUCACUAAUCCUUUUAUAUUUUUUGUAGCUUAAUUUAUAUUGAUCCAUAGUGUACUUUUUCAGUUCUAUAAAUAUGUAUAAUUUAAAUGUAUGUGAGAUUAAGUUUAAGCAACACAAUAAAUCCUUUAUGAAACUGUAUUACUGCAUACCUGAUAUUAACUAAAGUUUUAUACAACUUGUAACAUCACUGUGAAUUAGAUCUCAAGUCAUAUACAGACUCUAAUUACAAAGUGAACAUUGCUUCUAAUAGAUUCAAGAAUAUGUUAAUAAUUUUUAAUUUAUAAACUAAUUUACUCUAAAAAAAUCAGCAUUACCUUCUAUAAGUAUAAUUUUUUCCUGCAGCAGUGUCUGCUCUUUUGCCAGGUGAUAUUCAUUAUCACUAAUAGUCUUAAUUAACAGACAUAACUGGCUAAGAAAUUAUAGUAAUAAUUGUCUUUUUCCAAAAAUAUUCAGAGUACUACGGACAGUUCAGCAUACCAUGUUUCUGAGUAUCUAAUUUUGAAGGUUUCAUCCACAACAAUGUGAUUACAAACAUGUUGGGGUCUAUGAUAAAUAUUGGGUUUUGCACAUUUGGUAAAACUACAUUUUAAAUUGUCUUCACUCUAAAAGUCUUGCAUGUGUGUUGUUUUUUUUUCUUUUUAGUAUUUGGUUCAAACUAAUUUGAAGUUUGCUGUAGAGUUAACAUUUUAAUCAGUAUUGUCAUUAUUUAUAUUUCCAGAUCCAACAAUUGAAUUUGAUCAUGGCUUUGUAUUUUUUUACUUCAUCAUUCCUUUUCCUCUUAAUAAUAAAAUCUUCUGUUUUAAGUGUCUUUAGUAAUAGUUCAAUAAGAAUGUUGCAGUUGCCAUAGUCAAAAAGUUUGUUAGAUAAACUUGGUUUGAAAAACUUUACAGAUUUUUUGACAGAUAAAUUCUCCAGUACUUCACAACUAACUGAAAAUUUGGUUACUAUAAAAUUAAACUGACCGACAUUAAUACUCCCAUUUCAGUGAUGCUGAAAUUUACCAUCAUAUGUCAGAAAAUAAAAUGAGAUGCCAAGAAGAAAAGGUGACUAUUAUAUGGUUAAAAAGAUUUUGGAGGAAAACAGUUCAGGUGACUUGAACAUAAAUUGCGUAGAUGUGCUUGGGAGAAAUGCUGUUACCAUAACUAUUGAAAACGAAAACUUGGAUAUACUGCAGCUUCUUUUGGACUACGGUUGUCAGUCUGCAGAUGCACUUUUGGUGGCAAUCGACUCUGAAGUAGUGGGAGCUGUUGAUAUACUACUUAAUCAUCGACCAAAACGAUCAUCAAGACCAACUAUAGUAAAACUAAUGGAGCGAAUUCAGAAUCCUGAGUAUUCAACAACUAUGGAUGUUGCACCUGUCAUUUUAGCUGCUCAUCGUAACAACUAUGAAAUUCUUACAAUGCUGUUAAAACAGGAUGUAUCUCUACCUAAGCCCCACGCGGUUGGCUGUGAAUGUACAUUGUGUUCUGCAAAAAACAAAAAGGACAGCCUCCGACAUUCCAGGUUUCGUCUUGAUAUAUAUCGCUGCUUGGCCAGUCCAGCUUUAAUAAUGUUAACAGAGGAGGAUCCAAUUCUGCGAGCAUUUGAACUUAGUGCUGAUUUAAAAGAACUAAGCCUUGUGGAGGUGGAAUUCAGGAAUGACUAUGAGGAGCUAGCCCGGCAAUGUAAAAUGUUUGCUAAAGAUUUACUUGCACAAGCCCGGAAUUCUCGCGAAUUAGAAGUUAUCCUAAACCAUACAUCUAGUGAUGAGCCUCUUGACAAACGGGGACUACUAGAAGAAAGAAUGAAUUUAAGUCGUCUAAAACUUGCUAUCAAAUAUAACCAAAAGGAGUUUGUCUCCCAGUCCAACUGUCAGCAGUUCCUGAACACUGUUUGGUUUGGACAGAUGUCAGGUUACCGACGUAAGCCUACCUGUAAGAAGAUAAUGACUGUGUUGACAGUUGGCAUGUUUUGGCCAGUUUUGUCACUUUGUUAUUUGAUAGCUCCCAAAUCUCAGUUUGGCAGAAUUAUUCACACACCUUUUAUGAAAUUUAUUAUUCAUGGAGCAUCAUAUUUUACAUUUCUGCUAUUAUUAAACCUAUACUCUCUUGUCUACAAUGAAGAUAAGAAAAACACAAUGGGGCCAGCCCUUGAAAGAAUAGACUAUCUUCUUAUACUGUGGAUUAUUGGGAUGAUUUGGUCAGACAUUAAAAGACUGUGGUAUGAAGGGUUGGAAGACUUUUUAGAAGAAUCACGUAAUCAACUCAGUUUUGUCAUGAAUUCACUUUAUUUGGCAACCUUUGCCCUCAAAGUGGUUGCUCACAACAAGUUUCAUGAUUUUGCUGAUCGGAAGGACUGGGAUGCAUUCCAUCCUACACUGGUGGCAGAAGGGCUUUUUGCAUUUGCCAACGUUCUGAGUUAUCUUCGUCUCUUUUUUAUGUAUACAACAAGCUCUAUCUUGGGUCCAUUACAGAUUUCAAUGGGACAGAUGUUACAAGAUUUUGGAAAAUUUCUUGGAAUGUUUCUUCUUGUUUUGUUUUCUUUCACAAUUGGACUGACACAACUGUAUGAUAAAGACUAUACUCCAAAAGAACAGAAGGACUGUGUAGGCAUCUUCUGUGAACAGCAAAGCAAUGAUACCUUCCAUUCGUUCAUCGGCACUUGCUUUGCUUUGUUCUGGUAUAUUUUCUCCUUAGCACAUGUGGCAAUCUUUGUCACAAGAUUUAGCUACGGAGAAGAAUUACAGUCCUUCGUCGGAGCUGUUAUUGUUGGGACAUACAAUGUUGUGGUUGUGAUUGUGCUUACUAAGCUGCUGGUGGCAAUGCUUCAUAAAAGUUUUCAGUUGAUAGCAAAUCAUGAAGACAAAGAAUGGAAGUUUGCUCGAGCAAAGUUGUGGCUUAGCUACUUUGAUGACAAAUGUACAUUACCCCCACCUUUCAACAUCAUUCCUUCGCCAAAGACUAUCUGCUAUAUGAUUAGUAGCCUCAGUAAAUGGAUUUGCUCUCACACAUCAAAAGGCAAGGUUAAACGGCAGAACAGCUUAAAGGAAUGGAGAAAUUUGAAGCAAAAGAGAGAUGAAAACUACCAAAAAGUGAUGUGCUGUUUAGUGCAUCGUUACUUGACUUCCAUGAGACAAAAGAUGCAAAGUACAGAUCAGGCAACUGUGGAAAAUCUAAAUGAACUGCGCCAAGACCUGUCAAAAUUCCGAAAUGAAAUAAGGGAUUUACUUGGCUUUCGGACUUCUAAAUAUGCUAUGUUUUAUCCAAGAAAUUAGCGAUUUUCUAAAUCACGUAGAGAAUAAUUUUCAAUAAUAAAUCUGAAAGACUGCAUUUGUAUAACUUGCAAUUAAAUUAGUAAGAUAUAUAUUGAAAUAAAGAAUUAUGUAAAAGCCAUUCUUUAAAAUAUUUAUAGAAUAAAUAUAUGUUAUGUAAAAUAUGUAUAUACGAUUAGUUUUUUUAAAACCCUCUGUUCGUGGCUUCUUGCAGUAAUGAAACAGAUUAAGUAGGUAGAUUUUAUUAGCAUGCUGCUUAGUUUUCUUAUUUAAACGGUGCUUAAAUUUUUUUUCCCUUUCUGCUUAAGAAGGACAGCAUUAGAAUUGUAGUGACUAUUGCCAGAAGGUUUUGUAAAAAUGAAGAUCAGCAAAUGUGGACUGAUCUCCUUCCAUAGGGUACACUUGAGAUAUAGAAGUCUUGUUUUUUAAAAUCUUUGUUUUAGGAGUUUACAUAUAUAGUUCAGUAUUUAUUGUUUAGGAGUAUAGGUUUACCUAAAACAGUAGUCUAUUUUUUCUUUUUUCUUUUGUUAUAAUCUUAAGCAACAAAGAUAAAGCCCUAAUGAAUGUUUGAAUCUAUUUGUGUCUAUAAAUUUAAAUUCACCUCAGUUUGUUACUGUAAUAUAUUUACUUUUACAUGGUUGUAAUCACUUUAUAUUUUUCAUUUUGCUUUUUUCACUUAAUAGUAUUUUAUAUAUACAUUUCCAUGUAUUGAUAGAGUCCACGUAUUUAAAUUUUUAUAGAAUUAUAUAGUUUUUGAAAAAUAUAGUUAGUAGACUUUUCAUUUUGUAGCUAUAGAGUAUUUGAUUAUGUUUAUAAGUUUGCACAGCUACUUCUCUAAGGUUAGGUAUUUAUUGGCUUUUAAUUUUUUAUUAUCAUAAAAGUGAUAUAAUUUUUUUUCAAGCUGGAGUGAAUGUUCCUAGUUAUAAAGCUAACCCAAAAUAAGGAUUUAGAAGGUAUUUCUUUGUUAUGUAUGGUCACAGCCUGUUUUGUUUGUGUAAACAUUGGAAGACCCUUUAAUGCAAGGAUUUGUUUUACUUUUGGACUAAGGUUCUUGAUCUUAUAUCCAAAAGUAUUUUCCACAGGAUUUAACGUAGUUCUAGAAACGGGACUUCAUGCUUAUUUGUGGCUCAUUCUUGAUGCUUAGGGUGAAAAGCAUUGACUUUUUAAAUUGGAGAAUAAAGUAUAUAUUUAAAUUUUUUUCCUGUGCUCAUGUAAGGGAUAUAGUUAACAUUUUUUUCAUAGGCUAUUCCUUAUUUAUUCAUGCAGCAUUUCCAGUUAAGAGGUUAUUAUGUAUAUAAUUAUCUUCUUAACUGAAUGUCAGAUGGUCUUAAGGCCACAGGGUGCAGGUAGCCCUUGGUCUAUAAGUACCACCGAUCCAGGGAUCAAUGUUGAAAUAUGUUAGUGUUGUGUUUCAUCUUGCUUUUUACUUUUUAUUUUUUAAUUUCCAAAUUGUAAGUGUUCCCUUUUUUGGGCAAAUUCUUAUAAAAAUGUUUAUUGUAAAGUUAUAUAUUUUGUCUAUGAUGGGAUUAAGCACUUCCCAAUUGGGAUUUUACAUCAGGGUUUUUAGUCAUUCUAAAAAAUAUCUAAUUAUUAAAUCAAAAUAUUUAUAGAGUGCCUACUGUAUGCAUGAGUUACUUACGAGGUAUAUUUUGAAUGACAGCAUAUUGUAAGAAAAAAGGUAAAUAAAACUUGACAUUGGAUUAUAAAUUGA